UCCUUGAGUAAGGCAGAAUCGAGAAAGUCUUCCUUCAGACGAGUCUGAAGAUGAUUCAUGACUCUCGUUAGGAAUCCACAAGAGAGGAGGAAGCCUCGUUUUUGGAGACGAGAAAGGAAUCUGAAGCCCGCUUCGGAUCCUGAAGAUUUGUUCGAGGCCGGAAGUGCCAUUUUCCUGUAUGUGGCAGAUUCUAAAGAUAGGCCGAGUGCGCGGUACUGCAAUCUUUACAAAUGAAAAUGUCUUCAUUAUAUCAACUAUUGUGUAAUACUUUGCUUGGACUAGUUGCUAGCUGCAAGCCAGCUACUAGGAAUAUUUUGGAAGAAGUUGCUUCUUAUUAUACUGUUAUACCAGGAUCGGAUUUCGACUUGGACAUCGUCUUGACGAAGGUGCCGAAAGAGAAACCGAUUUUAGAUUGUGGAUUGGCCGCAGGAGUCACUGCAACGAUUGUUGGUACUUGUUGCGUUGCAGCUGCUUCUGUUGGAUUAUAUGCUUAUAAGAAAUAUGGAAACCUCAGAAAAGUUUUGAAGGACCUUGAUAAUCAAAAGAAUGACUCAGAUGCAGAGAACAGGAAAUUACAAGAGAUGUUAGAAGAGAGGGACCGAAUGCUACAGGAAGCGGAACGAGGCAAGAAUAAACUCGAAGAGGAAUACGAAGAGGAUGUGUGGAAAUUGAACGACAGGAUAAACGAGUUGGAAAUGGAAAAAGAGGACACGAACGAGGAACUUGUAAGUGCUCUCCGCCAUGGCAAGGAGAUGGAAGCUUUGCUGGAAGACGCGAGAGCACGAGAACUUGAGAUGAAGAGUUCUUUGUUAUCCCUGGAAGAAAGGCUCCAGCAGAAAGAUUGCCAGAUCGAAGAUUUGUUGAGCAACGAACGAAAACUGAAAUCCGAAAAACAACAGCUGGCCAAAAAAAUUGAACGAGAUGAAAAGCAGAUGGAGUCACUGUUGGCGGAACUAAAAGAGACUGAGUACGAGGUGGGCCUUUGCUUUAACAUCAUAGAAGAAAAAGAGAAGAAUCUGAAAGAUCACUUUGAAGGAGAGAUCAAGAAGAAGGAUGAUGUGAUUGCAAGCCUACAAAACAAACUUGAGAAUGCUCUCCACCAAAAGAAGGAGAUGGAAACCUUAAUGGAAGAAGCACGCGCACGAGAGGCUGAAAUGAAGAGUACUUUGAGAUCCGAGGAAGAAAAGCUCGAGCAGAGGGAUCGCCAAUUAGAAGAGUUGUUAAGUGUCGAGCGAAGACGUGAAGUGGAAUCCGAACAACUAAAUGAGAAACUUAAGAAACAGGAAAAGGUGAUUGAGAGCUUGCUGGAACGUGCGAAUGGGUUACAAAACGAGCUGGAGAACUGCUUUAGGCUCUUAGACGAAAGUAAGGACUGUAAACUGUAUCUUGAAGGCGAGAUCCAGAAGAAGAAUAAGGUGAUAGAAAGCCUACAAAACAAACUUGAGGAUGCUCUCCAACGUGAAAAGGAAAUAGAGAGCUUGUUAGUAGAAGCAAAACAAAACGAAAGAAAAAUAAACGUUUUCAAGGAACAGUUGGAGAAUAGGAAUAGUCAAGUAAAAGAAUUGUUACUUGAAGUUGAGAGGUUUAAAGGUGAAAAUCAAGCGAUGGAACAGAAAUUGGCAAAUGCUCUAAGAGAAGCGGGGCUAGAGCAACAACUACUAAGGAAGCAGGCAGAAGAACACGUGGAAAUAAGCUUAUACUGGCAGCAGAAGUUUGAGGAAGCUAACAAGGAGGUUGAGACGUUGAAGCAUCGUGAAGAGGACCUUGCAAAAAAACUGAAGGACUGUGAGGCAGAAGUGAAAAAGGCAAACAACAAGAUAAGGGAGAUUUUGAACAAUGAAGAUAAAUAUAUGCUGAUGGCACUUUUGCAUGGAAUUGCCGAGAGGAAUUUCCAUCUUGAACACAUUGCAUUCGAGUAUGGAAAUGAAAAUCAGCAAAAGAAUACUGAAGAAGAGAAAGACGAAGACCUGCUUGAUCAAAUGCAGAGAAGAAAGGUGGAACAAUAUAACAGAGCCCAACAAGAGAGGAACAAUUACGCGAUGCAAUGGGGCGAUUUAACCCAGAUGUUGGAAGCUCUAAUGUGUGGAGAUGAAAGUCUGCCAGAACUGACGAAUGUAGUUUCUGGUCAGAAUUCUGAUAUUGAGACCCACAGAUGUGGAGUUGUGUUUCUGAACACAGAUGAUGAAACUCCUGAUCAAGGCCAUGAUGACAGACACACAAGGAAUGAGAUUCAGAUUUUGCAGAGACAAUAUGAUGAAGUAUCAAGACAGCUGAAAGAGGCGAAAGAUAGGCUUCAAGAGGCUGAAGAGAAGGCGCAGGAGCUACAGGGCAAGCUGAGAGAGGCAGAAUAUAAGCUGACCCAAAAGAGCACCCAAAUGGAAACUCUUGAUCGCCGAGCUGUGCUCAAAUCGAGGGCAGACCGGUGUAUUGAUGAUCAAGAUUUUGAUUCUGCUCUUGCUCUCUUGAAAGUCAUCAUAAAACAGUAUGGCAACGAGUUAGAGUGUCGGGUAAAGGAGGUAAGAUGUUUGUUGACACUAGCCAGGACAGACGAGGCCGAGGAUGUGCUAAAUGAUCUUCCCAAAGAAUUCAAAGAGUCUUUUGUUAUCAAAAUAGAGUCAGCUUUGCUGAGUGCCUGCAAUUUGGAGUUCGGGAAGUCCAGAAAGCUUUUGUCACAGGUGCUAGAUAUAUGCCCAAAUCACCCAAGGGCAUUGAUAGCAGAAAAAUUUGUAGAGCAGAGGAUGCUAUGGGAAGCUUUACCUGGGAUGAUUGAUGCCCCAAGGACUAUGAGACUGCCCUGUAAAAUAUUGCUGUGGGGCCAUGUCUUUGGGAUGUCUCUAUCCUUGGGAAGACACACAGAUGCUAUUACUGAGUUUGCAAAAUUAGAAGAGGAUGAAAAGGGAGAAUACUUGGUAUCACUGGCUGAAGACCUGGAGAAAAUGCAACAAUAUGGUUGCCCUUACAAAGUUCUAGAAUGGUUAGAUGAUGACGAGGACGAUGAAUCAGAAAGUGAUUGCGACUUUGAAUAUAAUUCUGAUUCUGAUGACGAAUCUGAAUCUGAUUCAGAGGAUGAUUCUGAUGAAUCUGAAUCUGAUUCAGAGGAUGAUUCUGAUGAUGAAGCGAAUUUAACAUUAAUGGAAUGUUCCCACAGUGAUCAUCUAGAUAAUGAAUCAAGUGUUGGCCAACUGGAGGAGGAGGAUGACGAUUCAUAUGAAGAAUUGGACGAUGAGGAGGACGAAGAUGAAGAUGAUGCAAGGGAAGAUAUUCCUAACAAGGAAUGGCUUGAAGAAUCAGAUGAGGAAGAUGAUGAAUUUGAUGCUGAUGAUGAAGAUGAUGAAGAUGAUGAUGGAUGGGAAGAUAUUCCUUACGAGGGAUGUCUUGAAGAAUCUUCUGAGGAAGGUGAUGAAAUUGACUCUACAUCUGGCGAAGAAUCACAAGAUGAAUGUGAUAGCGAUUCAGUCGAGGAGUCUGAUGAUGACUCUGAUGAUGAAUAA